CUCAAAUAUUACUGUGAAAUCAAGCCUACUCUUACCAAGUUUGUAGCUUGAAAUCAUCACGGGCUUACUGUUUCUAUAUAAAAAAUGAAUGGAAAGUACCUUCGCUUUUUGAUUUGGGAACCGGACUUGUUCUGUAUUUGGAUUUACAGCUAAUAGAAAACAAAAUCGAAGGGAAUUAUUUGGUUACUUUGUUUUUUUCCCCUGUAGUGAGAGCGACAGAUCUUGCUGCUCCCCCCACUCUUCCUGCGAUUUAAUCAUUUGCAGAUCUUGCCAUGGGGUGCGGACUGAGAAAGCUGGAAGACCCAGAUGAUAGCAGCCCUGGAAAAAUCUUUUCUACAUUGAAGAGACCACAAGUUGAAACAAAGACGGAUUCUGCUUAUGAAUAUGUAUUGCUGGAUUUUACUUUAGAAGCUUCCUCAAAUCCAGAAGUUAUCAAGAUCAGUUCUGUGUUGGAUAUAGCAUCUAAGGUGGAAGGAUAUUACAGCAAAGGAUAUGUUGUAGGAGCUGUUCAUCCUAUUAUACUGCCAAUUGGACGUAGGAGGAGUUUCCCUGCAAGUCACAUGUAUCGAGUGGUACUUUCACGAUUAAAAUUAAGCCAGAAGCAUGCAGCACCCAGAGGACAAAGGCACCCCAGGCUGGUGAUUGAGGAAUGUCCUUUAAUGUGUGAAACACUGACAAAUGAGGUAGUGAAAGAACUGUUAGAAAAGGUUAACGAAGCUGCUAAGAGAGGAAAGAAGUUUGUGGGAUUUGUAACGCAACAUUUUCCUCAAACUAAAGCCUGUAAUGGAACAAGCACUGAUGGAAGUGCAGAGCUGGAAUCUACACUGGGCAGAAGAAAUAGGGAACACAGAAGAAAAAAUUCUGAUGAAAACUAUAAAAGCUGGAAUGAAGGGACAUUGAGCGGUCACUCAUCUGAGAGUGGGAUAGAGGAGGAAAUGCAAGGAGAAAGUGGUCUGUUACAGGAUGCAGAUUUCCAGUUUGGAAAAGAAGUCAGCCCUGUUAAACCACGAAAAGGAGACGGUAAUAAAUACAAGCUAUAUACAGUCUUCAAUGUUUUUGAUGAUGAUUCUGCCUGCUGGACCUAUCAUGAAGGCAUUUUGUCUAUGAAAGUAACAAGAAAGGGGCCAGUUAUUAGUACACUGGAAGCAGACUGGCUGGAAUUAACCACAUUUUAUUAUAAACAAGGAUUGUCCUUAAUUGAUUCUUUUGUACACUGGGAAACUGCUAAAGGGGACUAUGUGCCCAAAUCUUUAGAAGGAUUAUUUAUCUACGAAGAAGAAGGUGCUGGGGUUCCAGGUUCUAACAGGAAAGGAAAUGAUGCAAUAGUUGUUGAACAAUGGACAGUCAUUGAGGGGUGUGAAAUUAAAACAGAUUAUGGACCUUUAUUGCACACGCUGGCUGAGUUUGGAUGGCUCCUGACCUGUGUCCUGCCUACACCUAUCGUACGACAUGACAGUGAAGGAAAUCUAGCCACGAAGCAAGUCGUUUUUCUUCAGAGACCUGUUAUGUGGAAUUCUGCUGUCCAGACACCAGAGAAGAAAUCCUUAAGACAAGUCAUUGGGGAGGAAAAAGGGAAAGUCUCUAGCAGAAGUGUUGGAUUAGACACAGCUACUUCUUGCCCUGUAGAAAUUGGACAACCACCUGAUGAGUUUCAUCUAUCUCCUUCUAAACAAUGUUGGAUCAAGGAGGGAUCUUCCCAGUAUGGAGGCUUUCCAGGAUUCAGUAGCAGUGACGGAGUGUUAAGGGAACUGGAUGAUGGACAAUUUGAGCAAGAAGAUGGAGUCACUCAGGUCACAUGUAUGUGAUAAAGUAAGUAACUGCAUCAGAUGGACAUGUACAUAAUUCACACGUUUUAAAAAAAAAACCAUACUACUUUAAAUGCAUUGGUAUAAUCCUAUGACUUCUCCCAGACUCAUUUUGUAUUUUUGUCUGUUUCUUUGUUGUGUUAAUCCUACUGUAGUAAUAAUACUACUGCAAAAUAAUUCGGUUUUCUGUCUCUCUUUAAUAGAAUA